ACAGCGACGCUGGUUUUGGAAAUAUGUCGGAAACCACAAGUAGGGUCUCCGUAAAUGUGAAGAAUGUAGAAGAUCUGAAAUCAAGAAUGAAAUCAGUUACUGCUGCGGAUCCAGAUCAGUACCACAAUUCAUUUUCCUUAGAGAGAUACUUGAGAGCGUUUAAAACUGUGGACGCAGCAUUUCAGGCAAUUUUGAAGACCAACGAGUGGCGCAAAGAAUAUCAAGUUCAGUCACUAACUGUAAAUAAUCCAAUCAUCAAGAAGUACUUGGAGGGAAACAAAGCAAGAAUCCUGCAUCACAGAGAUGUGAAUGGAAGGCCGAUAAUUUACAUCCCAGUUAAGAACCAUAAUGUCAAUGACAGAGACAUUGAAGAGUUAACAAAGUUUGUUGUUUACUGUUUGGAAGAAGCGUGCAAAAGAUGCUUUGAAGAGGUGAUAGAUAACUUGUGCAUAGUAUUUGACUUAAAGGGUUUUAGAAUAACUUGCAUGGAUUAUCAAAUGAUCAAGAACUUAAUAUGGCUCUCGAACAAACAUUACCCUGAACGACUAGGCGUGUGCUUGGUACUAAAUGCGCCAACUGUCUUCCACACUUGUUGGCCUGUUAUUAGAAGGUGGUUGGAUGAAAACACCUCGAGAAAGAUAAAGUUUGUGGAUGAUUCAAAUAGUUUGGCAACAUAUCUUGUGCCUGAUGCUCUACCUGAGAACAUGUAAUCAGAAAAUGUACUAUUACAUAAUUUCCUGUUCUCCUUUCUUAGAAAUCUGUGACAUUACAUCAACAUUCAGCCAGGCUUUGUGUUUAACGAAAGCCGAUCUGCUGAGAAGUAACAGAUCACUUUUUCAUAUUUCCAACAUAAAAAUGUCACGUAGCCAGUAAUUUAAGCUGUAGAUCCCAUUUCUCCGGUAGAAUUACCGAGAUAAGUUAGGGGCGCGCAAGUUACCGAAUUGCCGUCCAACUGAAAGACUUG